AUCCGGGGGGGAAGGGGUGCCGGGCCGCCCAGGUAAGUCGAUGCGGUCCAAUGAGCGCGACAUGUCGGUGGUGGCGGCGCAGCGCGCCGACCUGGAGGGCCGACUAAGCCACAAGUCGCCGCGCUCCGCCCUGCGGGACGACCGGCCGCGCGAGCGCUGGUUCAAGCUGCGUCACAACCUGCUCUUCUACUACCGCCUCAACGAGCACGGUGGCGUGUCGGAAGACGAGGGGCCGGCCGGCCUGUUCGUGCUCGAGAACUGCCACGUGCAGCCGGAGCCGUUCGCCGCCGAUCUGUCGUUCUGCUUCAGUGUCACGCUCAACAGCGACCCGGAGCGGCGCCACCUGUUCGCGUGCGUGAGCGCCGCCGCCGUGGCGCAGUGGGUGGACGCGCUGCGCGCGGCCAGCUACGAGGCGCGGAACGUGGCCAGCCGGGAGGAGGAGAGGCUCGGCGGGCGGGCCGGAGCGGGCGCGCGCACCGCCACCUUCUACAGUCACCUGGUGACGCCGAGCCUGCUGGACUGA